AUUAGUGAUUAAUGCAAAUGGAAGGAGCAGUUUUCUGGUGAUACUUCUCCACCCACCGCCCCCCCACCCCAGUUUGCACUAUCCUUCACGAUCUCCCACUCAACUGCUCAGCCACAUUCGUUUUGCAACAGCAGCUCUCAGCAGCAAAUGGAGGAAUGAGAUCCAUAAGCAUUCUGGCUGUUGGUUUUUCAAACAGACAUAAAGCAUUUUGUUUGAACUGUUGUCAGCAUCUCAGAUACGAAUAUCAAGGCAUUCACGGGUGAUUUCACUUGGAACACCAUGUUUGGACAAAGUGUCAUACUGCAGCCUGUCCCUAUUCAAAGUCUCUCUGAACUGGAGCGUGCAAGACUUCAAGAAGUGGCCUUCUUCCACCUUCAAAGGAAAAAUCUGGGCUGUCAGAUUACCAUUCCCAAAGAUGGGUCAAAAAGGAGGAAGUCUUUCCGCCGAAAGAAAGAUGCUCUUUCCAAAGAGAAAAAAGAUAAAGAUUCAUAUCCUUUAGGAUUUGGGAUUCCUUUAUCACAAGUCAUCCUCAAUGAUCGUGCAUGUAAGAAAAAGCAAGAUGCAAUGAAGGAAGGCCGAAGGGACUGCCUCGAUUUGGAGUCAACAGUAAUGAGAUUUCGGGCAAAGAAGCAACAUAAACAUUUCUAUGACAGUGAUGCAUUCCUGCAGUCAGCAUCAGAAAUAGUAAACGAACCCCUCUCUCCAACUUUUCUGGAUAAUCUUUCUCGAGGCCACAGACGGGGUGCAGUAUCUGUUGACUCCAUCACUGACCUAGAUGACAAUCAGUCACGAUUGCUGGAAGCCCUUCAGCUCUCUCUACCAUUGGAACUGGAAAGGAAAAGUGUAAGAAAGACUAAAAAGAAGCUCAGCCUGAACCCCAUAUUCCGGCAGGUCCCCAGAAUAGUGCAGCAAUGCUGUCAGCACAUUGAAAAAUAUGGUCUUCAAACAGUUGGUAUUUUCCGAGUUGGAAGCUCCAAGAAAAGAGUUCGACAGCUGCGAGAUGAGUUUGAUCAAGGUCUACAAGUGGUCUUGGAUGAAGAACACAGUGUCCAUGACGUGGCAGCUUUACUUAAAGAGUUCUUGCGGGACAUGCCAGAUCCUCUUCUUCCCAAGGAACUCUACUCAGCCUUCAUCAACACCAUGACCAUGAAGCAGGAAGACCAGCUGUCCAUUCUCCAGCUGCUGAUUUAUCUGUUGCCUCCAUGUAACUGUGACACAUUACUCCGAUUACUCGAGUUGCUGUCAAAGGUGGCGAGCCAUGCUCACGACACUCUUGGAGAAGAUGGGCAAGAGAUGACUGGAAACAAAAUGACUGUCGUCAAUCUGGCUACCAUCUUUGGCCCAAACCUCCUUUAUAGGGAGAUGCUGUCUGAUAAAGACUACAGUGUGCAGGCAGCACAAGUAGAGGAAAGCUCUGCAAUCAUUGGGGUCAUUCAAAAAAUGAUCGAGAACUACUCAACUCUAUUUACAGUUGCUCCAGAGUUUCAGCAUGAAGUGCUAAUGAGUUUGAUGCAAACGGACAAUGAUGUUGUUCACUAUCUCCUACGUAGAAAGCUGAAAUGCCAUUUGGGUUCUGAUGAAGAAAGUGAGAGAUUUGGUAUGGCAGAACACCACUGCUCAAAGUCUAUUUGCGACUCCUGCAGCUCUGUAAGUGGCGACCACACUCCAACAAACAUUUUACCCAGCUUCUGUGAAGGCCCAUCUGUGACAGAUGAGAAGGAUAUGAGCUCAGGUUCAAAAUUGUUUAAAGUAUCUGAAGCACUGUCAUUCUUUGGAAACCACGGAAAGGCCUUUUCUACCGAAUCUCUGAAAGAUUCAUUUGAAGAGACUGGUGGGAAAUGGUCUAUUGGUCAACGGAGAGCAUCUCAUUCACAUGAGAACCUUGCAACGACACUUCUUUUGGAACCUUCAAAAGGAUUUGUGCAAGAUGUAGAGUUCAGGACACAAAACCCAACUUCAGUUCCACUGAGCAAGUCUCCUGACCUGUCCUUAGCAACUAGUUCCCAAACACCCUGCAACAGUCAUCAUAUGCUCACAAGUCUUAAUUGCACUCGAUUCCUCACAGGCAGCACUGAGGAAGUGAUGAAGAAUACAAACACAACAACUAAACUGCGAAGAGUACGUUCAGAUCUUUAUUCAAAAUAUGGAAGUCCUAGCUUGCAUUCAUGUGCUGCUAAAACAGACAGGGACUUUAAGUGCAGUGAAUUUGCUAGCCCAUCUAGCAAUGACCAUUUGAGAAAAACUCUGUCUACUGUAUCCAGCUUCUUUCCCGAGGCAUCUAAGUCAUGUGAGGCCCUACAAAAUGAGAAAAGUAGGAAGGAAAUGGGAGCUAAAGUGUGGGUGAGAAGAGACAGUGAAGCUUGUUCUCCAACCAAAACACAGAGACAACAGCAACUUCAGCAUUGUAAGUUCAAAGAUGAGCAGAAAAAAAAUUCUCUUCGUGAAACUGCUGUAUAAUUUUCAGUUUCCUGUUCAUUGAACACCUCCAAAAAGAAGUUGCUUUAGCACUUCUGGGAAUAAUUUCGACUCCAUUAUUUCAUGUUCGUUGUUAGGUUUUACACAUUUGUGUAGGUCUUGUCUGACUUAUUAAUCUCAAAUUUUGCUAUUAUUUCCCCAUUAGUAAAUACUACAGAUAUUGUUGUUUAAUUGCCCCUUCUUGUUGCCCCUGGCAGUUGUCUCUGUGUUGAUGUUAAGUUUAGCAAAACUGAAAUCUCUACAUGUUUAUGCACUUGUGCUUUAUUUAAAAAUGAGUGAGGACCUUUCUCAGUCUGUCUUGUUUCUUGUAUUAAGUCCAUGAAUUAUUAACAUUUAAAGGAAUGUUCAGGCCUUGUUGGAUUGUAGGAAUGACAACACAGAUACAGAAAAGACAAUUUAACCCCUGAACUCCGCUCUUUCCAUGCAUUGUACAAUCUUCUAUCAUGGACUGCACUAGUUUAUUUAUUGCAACGUCCUGCGGACAGGUUUUGCAAAAAAUUCUCAACUCUUUGAAGCAAAGAAGCAAGAUCCCAGAAUUCUGCCUUUCUUAAAGCUACUGCAUUGAGCUCAAACUUCUGAAUGUUUAUAAAACAUAUUAAGUCAUUUUGCAUUAGUUAGUUUUGUGGAUGGGUACUGCUUUUCUUCGUGUUUAUAGACUGGUUCGUGAUAAGGGAGCAUUCCAUUCCUGAAAGCCGUCUCGGACCUGAACUUGGUUUUCCUCCUUGUGUUGGACUGAUAUAACCUAAGAAUUGGAGGAUUAAACACUACCUUUUCCGCUAUGUGUUUGAAUCCAACACAAAUGAUCAGAUGAGUGUUUCCUCUUUGCUUGAUGUACAUGUCCUCUUUUGAAUAAUCUUAGGCAGGGAUCAAUCUAGUUGCUAUUGGGUAUUUGAACACAGGCUGUCCCUAAUACAGAGCUAAUUUUGUUGAGCAGAAACACUGCAAUGUGAAAUGGAAAUGUCACUGGGGAUUAAUUCAUCCUGAAGAUGGUUGCUUGCAAAGUCAUAGCUUUAAUAUUUCUCAUGUUGGUAAGCAAAAAGCACAAGCUAAAUAUACAACAAAUGCUCAUCUUUAUUUUCAAGUAUUUGAAAUUAAAAUCUUCCCAGAUGUGUUCAUCCUGGACAUUCCUCUAAUUGUUUAGAAUAUUCAAUUGCAUUAUAAAGUGCAAUGAUUCUUUUUGGAUCCAAAUAAGAAUUUUUUACGUGUUAUUUGUGUUCAAAUCACGUUUAUGUACUACCUGUUAUUGUAAAGAUUUAGUCCAGUGCUUUUGUUUGCACCAGAAACAUGAUAAUUUCCUUGUUAUGUAGACUGUGAUUUUCAAAAUUUUCAUUGCUUCAAUAUUGCUGCAUUACUAAUGGCAAGGGCUUUGUAUAUCAGAAUAUUGUGGUAAAUUAAAUCAUCAUUUCAGCUUCAAAUAAGAAAUGGAUUGUGUCAGCUCAGUUAAUAGUCAGAAUUAUGAAUUCAGAGGAAAUAUCCACUGGAAUUUGCUGACAUAAUUAUUUCCUGUAGUUCAGCUGAAAGCACAUGGUUGUUGGGUAUAGGGGGAGGGCAUGGCAAACUUUGACACUCACUGAAAGUUAUACAAUAGCAGUUCUGCUUCAUACAGGUUUUAUUUAGCUAAGCAUGUUUUCUCCAUGUGCGUGUGUACAACUAUCUUGAGGCUGCAUAGAGCUUGAUUCUCUUAAGAUCCCUACAGAUAUCAAAAUCUUUUACAAAGGGAUCAAUGUCCCCGUGACUAACACAAAUAAACUGAAGGAUAAAAUGCUAUAUUCUAAGAAUUACAUUAUAAUCUGCAAACUAAAAUCAGUGUGUAUUAAACAUUAUCAGAGAUAAUGGGAACUGCAGAUG